AUUUAGCUGAACCUCGAUCAGUUACGAUUGGGAUCGGAGAAACAGUACACUCAGUUUAACGCGAAAAUUCCUAACUAACAUCAUGUGGAUGAUACUACCGCUAAUGUACAUCAUAUGGACUGCAAAUAAGUGCUAUGCUGGGGAAAGUCCUGCAUCUAUACGUAGUGAACAAGGACUAAUGAUGAAAAGUUUCAUAAAUGAAUCAACCAACCCUUGUGAUAAUUUUUACGAAUAUGCGUGUGGUAACUGGGCGAACCAACAAAUUUUUGAAAAAAACACACGCUGGUUCGGGGUUCUCAAUGUACUAACAAAAAAAGUUAACAGAUUUAUUGAAGAAGUGAUUUUAUUUAAUAACUAUACAUCUCUGUUAAGUGCGAAAAAUCAAAAGAUAAUGGAAAGCAGUGAAGUGAAAACUGUACAAAGAUACUUUUCGAUAUGUCGAGAACAGAAAAAGUUGGAGCUUAAGCCGUACAUUGAAGCUUGGGGUAUUCCAGGUGGCUGGCCGGUUUUGAAUUCCAGCUGGAGUGAUCAGACAUUUGAUUGGAUAAAUAUCACGGCACAACUGAAGCUGAUCGGCGGUGAAUCUCUUACUGAUGUUCGCGUUGGACCUCAUUAUGAAAAUGCAACGCGAAAUGCAAUUUAUAUUCUUCCGGCCGCGUUUCCCGUUUUUCAACCUAUCAUGUUUGAAGAGAAUCCCUUCAUUAAAGUGGUAGUCUCUAAAAUGAUAUCCACAAUAUUUAAGUCGUUUAGAUUAGACGAACCUGCUCUCAACAAAACCGUGUCAGAUGUACUGUCAUUCGAAAGCAAGUUAGCUAGCAUUUACCCCAAAGAUAGUGAAGAUGCAGAGGAGCCCGAGAACAUGACUUUGGAAAGAUUACAAGAACUUUUGCCGGAUAUCGAUUUCCAGCGAUUUUUAAGCCACGUAUCAACUCAAGUAAUUAACGAGACCCAAGAGAUAAUUAUUAUUUACCGACCAUAUUUCACAAAUCUUCUAGAACUAUUAAACCAAACCGAAUCUGGAGUUUUAGCAAACUUCUUUUUAUACAGAUUUUGCCUACAAAUUGGUACUUUGCAGCCUGUUGAUAUCUACUGUAGAGAUGAAGUUAUAAAGCAUAUGGGCUUCGUUCUUGGACACAUUUACAAUACGGCCUUCAACCAGAUAAGGGACAACGAAGACGUUAAGAUGAUUGCGCAGAGCAUAAAAAUGGUAUUCGCUAACGUUAUACGAAAAUUCGACUGGAUUGAUUCGGACACAAAAAUGGAAGCAUUAACUAAGCUCGAUAAGCUACUACUGAAGGUUGGUGCCUCUGAUGAUGACUUAAUGUUCAGCAAGAUAAAGGAGGAAUUUUCACUUAUUGAUCUCGAUCUCAACGAUUAUUACAGAAGCUACUUUAAACUCAAAGCACACUCUUUUCAAAAGUUAUUCAGAACAUUGCACAAAGCCAACGAAAGGAGCGACACAAACUACAAUACAGCAAUGGUGAAUGCAUUCUACGAGAAUUCACAAAAUCAAAUGUUGAUCCCCACGAAUUUACUGCAAACUCCAGUAUACAACUUCUACUUUCCAUACAGUGUUAAGUAUGGUGCGCUAGGAUCGAUCUUGGGACACGAAAUCACCCACAGCUUGGAUGAAACCGGACGAAUGUAUGACUCAAAAGGCACAGUCCGAGAAUGGUGGACUGAAAAAUCAGAAGAAGAAUAUAUAAAUCGAACAGAAUGUUUGGCGGCCCAAUAUGCCAAUUUCACACCCACUUCUUUAAACACUUCGGCAAGCAGUAUAGCAGAAAACACUCUUGAUGAAAAUAUUGCUGACAAUGGUGGAAUUCGUCAAUCGUAUAAGGCUUACAAGGAUUGGUUUGCGAAGCAUUCCGACGAACAGGAAACCUUGCCGCAUCUUAACCUAACCAAUACACAACUUUUCUUCCUGAGUUUUGCCCAGUUCUAUUGUGAAAAAAUCGAAUCGGCUUCAUCGUUUGUACGUACACUAACUAACGAACACAGUUUAGGUGAAAGUCGUGUCAUUGGAACAUUAUCCAAUUUCGAAGAAUUUUCAAAAGAGUUCAACUGUCCGGUUGGAUCGAAAAUGAAUCCUGCUGAAAAGUGUCGAGUGUGGUAGUUAGAGGGAUUGCAAGUAAAGCUUGGAAAAUAAAUGCUUUAGU